CUGCAAUCUCUUUGCUUUGCAGCUGUUUUCUAUUCAGCUGUUCUUUAAUCAAAGUUUAAAGUUCAAGUUCUGUUUUUAAAAAAUUGUACCUUUGUAAAUUACGUUGUUUUAUAACUUUUAUAUUUUUAAAAUGAUACGUUUAUUUACAAAAACAGUUGUUAAUAUCGCACCAAGGAAUACUCGAUGUAUUGCAUCGCUCUCAGCACUUAACGACACGUAUCAAAUGUUGUACAAAACAUGCCGUGAUUUCGCGGAACAAGAACUAAAACCAAAUGCGGCUAGGUACGACAGGGAGCAUUUGUAUCCUAAGGAUGCUGUAAAGAAAAUGGGAGAUCUAGGAUUAAUGGCAAUAGCCACUCCUGAGGAGUUUGGUGGUUCAGGCUUAGACUACCUAGCUUACGCCAUUGCUUUAGAAGAAAUUUCAAGAGGUUGUGCAACUGCAGGUGUUAUAAUGUCAGUGAACAAUUCUUUAUAUCUUGGGCCCUUACUACAUUGGGGCACUGAUAAACAAAAAAGUGACUUUGUCUCACCAUAUUGUGCAGGAGAUAAAGUUGGGUGCUUUGCAUUGUCUGAGCCAGGAAACGGCUCAGAUGCAGGAGCUGCUUCAACCAUUGCUAAAAAUGAAGGUGAUAAAUGGAUAAUUAAUGGGACCAAAUGUUGGAUCACUAAUGGUUAUGAAAGUGAAGCAUCUGUUGUGUUUGCCACAACUGACAAAAGCUUAAAACAUAAAGGAAUCUCAGCAUUUAUUGUCCCUAAACCAAUCAAGGGUUUGGAUCUAGGCAAGAAAGAAGAUAAGUUGGGUAUAAGGGGUUCAUCUACUUGCUCAUUGAUCUUCGAGGACUGUGAGAUACCAAAGGAGAAUAUAUUGGGGGAACCUGGUUUAGGAUUCAAAAUUGCAAUGAUCACUCUUGAUGCUGGCAGAAUAGGAAUUGCAGCUCAGGCAUUAGGAAUAGCACAAGCAGCUUUGGAUGUAGCAGUCGACUAUGCUUCAAAAAGAAUGGCAUUUGGCAAACCAAUAACAAAACUACAGUCAAUUCAAAAUAAAUUGGCUGAUAUGGCUCUCAGAUUGGAAUCUGCUCGGCUACUGACCUGGCGUGCAGCUUGGUUGAAAGAUAAUAAGAAACCAUUCACAAAAGAAGCAGCUAUGGCGAAGCUGGCUGCAUCAGAAGCUGCUACAUUUGUUUCUCAUCAAAGUAUACAGAUACUUGGUGGAAUGGGGUAUGUCUCCGACAUGCCAGCAGAACGACACUACAGGGAUGCAAGAAUCACAGAAAUUUAUGAGGGUACUUCGGAGAUACAGAGGCUUGUUAUUGCCGGUCAAAUUAUUAAAGAGUAUGGAGUAUGAAGAUUAAAUUUGAAUGUAAAUCACCAUUGUGUCCCUAUCAGUAUAAGUCUGUAAAGAAUAAUCAUUUACAGUAAGAUACUGUUAUAUCUUUAGAGACUGGUCCCAUUAAGAGAUAGUUAUAUUAUUUCAUAAUAUUUUUAUAUUAUAAUAAAACUGUAACUAAUCAAUGUAUGUACAUGAAAAAUAUUUGAUAAAAUCUCAUAUUGAGGAUAUUUUUAUAAGUAUAGAUCACAUAAUAUUGUGCUUGAGGUAUAUUAAUAAAAGUUUAACAGUGCCAAUAUAAGGUGAUAAACCAUGUAUUUUCUUAGUUUAACUGCCAUUAAUUAUAAUAUAAUUGACUGAUUUUAAGGAAUAUUUUACAGAAGCAGCGAAAUUUUUAUAGAUUAUCUGUUCUAGUUAUUAUAAAAAGCAGCCAUAUUUUUACUUUUGAUAUUGAAUCAUGCCAGGGUAUAUAAUAUAGGGUAUACAAAAUAUUGUGUUUUAGUGCUAUAAAAAUGAAUUAAAAUGCUAUGCAAUAAAAUAUAACAAUUUUAUACAUACUGAAUAAAGACAUAUCAUAAAUAAUCAAUUUA